UCGCCGAGGAAAAUACACUUCAUUAACGGUGCGUUCUACAUACUUUACACCGGGAGGCGUCUGGCAUACAUCUUCCAAGUUCAAAGUCCUCAAUGGGACCGAAAAAGGUUCCAAAGAUUGGCCGUCAAUAUGGCGGGAAAGGCACCGGCCGUCUCCUUCGUCCAGCCACAACAAGGUGGGUGAACGACAUCAGUAACGACCCACACCUCUGCGCGCCCGGCGCCUCAGCUCGCUCCAUGCGAGGAUGAGCACGAGCGUCGUCGGC